AUGAGCUUCGAGAUUGAACAGCCCUUUGGCAAACUUGACUAUGCUGCGCUGAGUGUAGGUUUUCAAUCCAGCACUCAGGGUAACCGGCCCCAGCAUGGUGUUGUGGUAACCAGUGAUCACGGAUCUCGAACUGAAAUGGGCAGUAAUGCCCGUGGAGUUAAUAUUUCAACGUCCAUCGGCGGACAAGGAGGCGAUACGCUGCGUAGGAGCAUAACAUGGAUGGUCAACCAAGCUUCAAAUGAACCAAAACCAUUGCUUUCUUGGGAGAUUUGGGUGACGCUGAGACACGAUGGAGAUGCCCUUUUUAUCAUCAGUUCAGAUGUCUCCUGUCAACUGCAGGGACCGAAUAGAAUAUGGGCAUUGUGGCCAAAGAGCCCUAUUCAACCGAGAACUGUCCAACCACAAGAAGACCAAGGCACAGAGCUAUUACGACAACUCGACUUCAAGUUUGAAACCGGGGGUAUUGCAACAAAUUACUGCUGCCCCGACUCAGAUGCCCUCGUUUCCGACUGGGUUUAA